AUGGCGGCGGCGGGGUCGGCGGGGCCCGAGCCCAUGCCGAGCUACGCGCAGCUGGUGCAGCGCGGCUGGGGCAGCGCGCUGGCGGCGGCGCGGGGUUGCGCGGACUGCGGCUGGGGGCUUGCUCGCCGCGGCCUGGCCGAGCACGCGCACCUGGCGCCGCCCGAGCUGCUGCUGCUGGCCCUCGGCGCGCUCGGCUGGACCGUGCUGCGCUCGGCGGCCACCUCGCGCCUCUUUCGGCCCCUAGCCAAGCGGUGCCGCCUCCAGCCUAGAGAUGCCGCCAAGAUGCCUGAGAGCGCCUGGAAGUUUCUCUUCUACCUGGGCGCCUGGAGCUACAGCACCUACCUGCUCUUCGGCACUGACUACCCCUUCUUUCACGACCCACCCUCCGUCUUCUAUGACUGGAAGACGGGCAUGGCAGUGCCACGAGACAUUGCAGUGGCCUACCUGCUACAGGGAAGCUUCUACGGCCAUUCCAUCUAUGCCACGCUGUACCUGGAUGCCUGGCGCAAGGACUCCGUGGUCAUGCUCGUCCACCACGUGGUCACCUUGGCCCUCAUUGUUUCCUCUUACGCCUUCCGGUACCACAAGGUGGGCAUCCUCGUGCUCUUCCUGCAUGACAUCAGCGACGUGCAGCUGGAGUUCACCAAGCUCAAUGUCUACUUCAAGUCCCGCGGAGGCGCCCACCACAGACUGCACGCCCUGGCUGCCGACCUGGGCUGCCUCAGCUUCUGCCUCAGCUGGUUCUGGUUCCGCCUCUAUUGGUUCCCGCUCAAGGUCCUGUACGCCACGAGCUACUGCAGCCUGCGGUCGGUGCCUGACAUCCCCUUCUACUUCUUCUUCAACGCGCUCCUGCUGCUGCUCACCCUCAUGAACCUCUACUGGUUCCUGUACAUCGUGGCGUUUGCUGCCAAGGUGCUGACGGGCCAGGUGCGGGAGCUGAAGGAUGUGCGGGAAUAUGACACGGCAGAGGCCCCGAGCCCGAAGCCCCGCAAAGCUGAGAAGCCGCUGAGGAAUGGCCUGGUUAAGGACAAACGCUUCUGA